AUGUCCUCGGAGCUGCUGGGGAAGAUAGCAGAGAUUGCUCAGACCGACCAGUCUGCAAUCAGCAUCUCGGAAGGUCCUGGAUCUACUAGUAUGGUUCGCGCCACGGCUGGAGCUGACACUCUGGGUAAGGUCCCCGAACUAGACGAACGCAGAGUGAUGCAAAAUGCUCUGGAGAGAGUCCUCCGCGAUAAUGUCGCCCGGCGGGUUAGGGGCUUCGAAGAGGUCCAGACUACGCCUGCGACUCAUGCCGAGGCGGAGCGCGUGGACGAGAAGCUACAGGGGCUUGUCCGAGAAAAUCUCCGAGCGCCUACGCCGCGAGCGGGCAGACCAUCUGCGUUUGUGACACUGGUUUCGACAUGGACAGCACCACAGAUGGUCAAAGGGCUCUACUUCUGGGGAAGAGCCAGCAGUUUUGACACGAACGACCCAAACGGGCACGCACUUCGACUGGGCGAUGCCUUCGGUCCUCGGGGACACUCACACGACCUAAGUAAGCUCUUCCAGCACGCCUACGACGAAGUCGCCCAAAAGAAAAAUCACCCCAUAAACCCCAAUGUGAGGGAAAACUAA